AUGCCCAAGCAACCCGUCUCCGGGGAGGACCCCGUCCCGAAAUUGUUCUGGUUGAUGGUCGGCGGGAACUUUCUCACCCCGCCGCCGACGUGGGACCGUUUCUUACUGGUGAUGGAUAAGCGCAACAAAGCAGAGCGGGAGACAAAGGCCGAAAGGAGGGAGUUCAAAAAGGCCAAGGAGCAGGCCGAGAAAGAGCUAAAGGCGCUGAAGCAGGCGAACAAGGACGCCUUCAAGGGCGGGUUGGCAGCCUGGAGACAACAGAAGCGCGAUGCAAAAACGAACAGUGACGAGGGAAAUGAAAAUGGGACCGGCCGGGAGGAUCGACAGCCAGAGAACGACCCCGGCGGCAACGGUGGCGAGAUAGAUGGAUGA